UGUCUUGUCUAAUCAUUUUUUUUUAUUGUAUUUCUCGCCUGCGCCAAUGACUUCUGAAUUCAAAGGACUUUACCUGGAUUUAUAGGCAUUGAAAUUGAUUCUUGAUAAACUUCAGAAGUGAGUCUUGAACCUUCCUUUUCUCUCCCUCUCUAUCUGUUUUUCUUUUCCCUUCUCAACUUGGUGUUGGUUAUUCUGAGUUGGGUGUGAAUUGUUGCAGGAAAGACAUUUAUGGUGUGUUUGCUGAACUAGUUAAUCCUGAAGAGGUAAGCAAAAUUUGUUGAGGAAGUGCUUUUAGAGUUUGAUUUAAUUUAUCUUAGUAAGUUUUGAUGGAUUUUGCAACUUCCUAACUACCACCAUGUGACUGAGCAUCCAAUGGACUUUGCCACGGUGAGGAAGUUGGGCAAUGGGAUAUAUUCUACAAUGGAACAAUUUGAGGAACGUAAUUAUGGUUCUAACAAGCUUGGUUUAUGUAGCUGCAGUUCUCUUAGGGUAAGGUUUUUUGUUAGGACAAUUCCAAAGUGUAUUUCAGAUGUUUCCAAUUUAGUUCUUAUGGUGUUUCGUUGGUUCCGUAAUUUCAGUUUUCUUGUGGCUUGCAUCAGUUCUUUGUAAGGAGGUGUUACUUUCUCUAUCAGCUGAGGUAAUUGAGGUUGCUCCCACAAAUUGUGUUAUUGAAAUAUCAAAAUCUGCAUGAUGAUGUUCGUAGAAUACCAAGAAAAGGUAUUUUUUCGUUUACAAAAUAUUGCAAACGGCACAAAUGAUGUUUACAAAACUGCUGAGGCAGUUAAACCUUUUGGUGGAAAAAUUACCUGGGAACCUGGACCUUCGCCUGGUAUUAACACCGAGAUCACUGCAUGCUUAGAUCCUGAUGGUUGGAAGACGUGUCUCAUGAUUGAUGAAGCUGAUAGGAUAUUGCAAGUGAAUUUUGAGGAAGAAACGAAGCAAAUUAUGAAGUAUCCUCCUAAGGACUGCUGAAAGUGAAAUGGACGGAAGCCAAAAUAGUGGUACUAACAUUCUUUAUUAACUGCUGCUGCUAAGUUGUCUGAAGAGG